UCGACAGCAGCAGAGGGCGGAAUCAGGAGCUCUGGGUACGGAAGACACAUACCCAGACGGCAAAAAACAGGAAAUUAGAGCCGAGGACCCAGUCUGGAAAGGUACUGGCUGGUCAGGCAUCUAAGAAAAUCGAUAACCUGUAUCAGCCAGGGCUCGGUGGAUUUCUGGGGGAAAAAAAGGUGCCCUAGCACCAACGGCUUGCUGUUGGCUGAGGAACCUGCAGAACCUGUCUGGGCCUGCCAGACACCACUGGCUCGCUGGAGGAAGACUCGUACCGUGUAAUGGCUCUGUUGACCUUACACAGGCUCCCAUCCAUCUCCACGGCCCCGUUGCGUAAAAGGACGAAAGCUUCCAAAGGAGAGGACGACUUCAGAAAAGAGAGAGCUUUGCUCUCAUUAAAGGAGCUGUCCUCCUGCUGGACGAUGGCGACUCCGGGCCUCUCAAAGAUGACGUGACUUCUCCUGUGAAGAAAGGCACCGGAGCAUCGGCGAUACGGCACAGACACCUCCACGCCAUGCUUGAACAGCUCAGGCCGGAAGACACUAUUAGGCUGGCGGUGGAACUGGAGUCGGUCAGCACGGUCAGGGUCAGGUAUCUGAUCGUCGUCUCCACGCUGGCUAGCAGACAAGAGAACAUUCUGCUGGGCAUGGAUUUCCCAAGCUCGGACAGCGACCAUUGCACUAUUGGCCUGGUUCUGCCGGUAUGGAGCGACACGCAAGUGUAUCUGGACGGAGAUGGUGGUUUUAGUGUGACGUCGGCAGUGGACACCAGAAAUUUCAAACCAGUUUCCAUGCAGACCAUGUGGUCAAUCCUGCAGGUGUUGCACAGCUGCUGCGAGCGAGCGGUCAAGGCAGCCGUCAUCCCGGGCAGCGGGCUGGAGUGGGCCCAGCACUACGCCCGAAACAUUCAGUCCGAUCGCUUCUGCUUGAACGAGUGGGAGGUCUUGAACGACCUGGAGUCGGUGCGCAAGGACAGUAAUGGACCAAGCUCUGCAGACAGAAUUUCCAAUGAAAGACUCAUCAAAGAGCAUCUGAGAGACAUCAUGAUGACCGAGGACCUGGACAAUCUCACGUCUAAAAUGGUGCACAUUGCCCUGGAGUCCAGGAUAGGGUUUGACAUGAGACCCUACAAGGAGUACAUUGAUAACGAGAUCUUGGUUACCAUGGCUCAGAUGGACAAACCCUCUAAAAUAUUUGAUUACCUCUACCUGGGCUCCGAGUGGAACGCGGCUAACUUCGAGGAGCUGCAGAAAAACAACGUUGGCUACAUCCUGAAUGUCACAAAGGAGAUCGACAACUUUUUCCCAGAAUCCUUCACUUACAUGAACAUCAGAGUGUAUGACGUGGAGGCCACCGACCUGCUCGCUCAUUGGCCAGACACGUACAACUUCAUCGACUCUGCGAGGAAGAGCGGACAGGCCGUGUUGGUGCACUGUAAGAUGGGAGUGUCCCGAUCCGCGUCCACGGUGAUCGCCUACGCCAUGAAGCAGCAGCGCUGGUCCCUGGACGAGGCGCUGACCUACGUCAGGGACUGCCGGUCCAUCAUCAAGCCCAACGAGGGCUUUCUGAAGCAGCUGCAGACCUACAGCGGCAUCCUCAACGCAAGCCAGCAGCGUCACAGCGCUCUCUGGAAGGCGAGACAGAAGUCUGUGCGAAAGGACAAGAGUGAGCAGGACUCCAAGCCAGGAGAGGCGAACGAGGAUGAAGACGAUGAGGAGGAGGAGGAGGAGGAGGACGAAGACAAUGUCGAGGGGUCAGACGAGGAAGAAAUUUCAGAGGAAGACCAAGAGGUGUUUCACGGACCGCCUCAACAAUCGGACGGCCCGGAGGAAACGGGUCCCAUCAUCACCAUAAAUGAGCCAGACAAGGUUGCUUCGAGCGUGAACCGCAGCGGCCGGAUGAACCUGUUCUCCCUCAUGCAGUCCAUCAGUGAAAUGGACGACGGGGAAAAGGGCCACGAACAGCUCCCUGGCAGCCCGAGGCGCUCUCCUAAUCAGCGGAGGCGCAGCCAAGGCCGACGGGGGCUCGCCCACCAAAAGGCGUGCGUUGACGUGUCGCCGGAGCCGCGCUCCCUGCCGGACGGUGGUCAGAGCCGGCACUAAAGCCAAAAACAAAGGAGCUGGACACUCAGGGGCCCACAAGAGGGAGGGGGUUCGAUAAAGGAAAUCCUGGCGGCGCUGGAACCCAAGAAACAUGCCAAGGCGGUUCAGUUGAUGCUGUAAUUUGUGCUAUUUUUAUUUAUUUUUUUGCACAUCUGUGCUCCUAGUAAUACCUGGUUUAUUGCUAUAAGGUUCUUUCUGCAGUAUUGCUGUGCCGGUGACAGGCGGGACUUCACGUAGCUGAUGUCUUAGUCGGUCAAAGUGGUGUUAUGGGUAUAAAGUGCUGUCGUUAUGACCACACAGAGCCUCCCUUUUUUGCCUACUGAAGCUCUCCCUUCGACACUUACGAGAGAUCUAUGCAAUACCUGUCGUCUCUCACCCCCUGGUUAGAACGCGAGGCUUUAAGCUGCCACUUCUACACGUCUUUCUCUUUCUAAAGGACAUCCCUCGAUCUCUGAUUGAAGGAUUUUGCUAUAUUCCAAGCUGUGCGUUACGGACCGCGUUAAAGGCCAGUUUUAUGGCGCAUGCCUGUUUGCCAAACCGUUUUUUCCUGUGUGUGCCAGUGAAUAUAUUUAAUUAAAAACUAAAAACAAUGUAAGGAACAGCUGUAGACCAUCUUAUUUUAAUGUGUACACCAGGACUGCAUGAGUGCCUUCAACCUGAGAAUGAACUAUUUGCAGGUGUUUUUAUGUUUUUACAAUGAGGAGACGGGCCCAUCUUGUAUCUUUCCUACAGUUUCUCACUUGAUGUGAUGGCUUCAUCAAUGUGACUUCCAGAGAUUGUGCUUAUAUAAAGUAAAUAGGUAGCCGUAUGUAAUUGCUGGUGACCUGGGUGCGUGUUUUUUUUUGUUUUUUUUUUUUCAUAUACCAGCCUGUGAGACCAAAUUGUUCAGGGUUUCUUUUCUUUUGUGUAUUUAUAUGAACUUUAUUAUCCACACGUCCCCAGAAGCUGACGUGGAACAUUACUUCAUGCUGGUUUUAUUUUCGUUUUGUUUUUAUUUGUUUGAGUGCAACCAAGCUAAAGCUUAAGUCAUUAAACCUGCAUGUGCACAAUUGAAAAACCAAUGACAUGCACUUUAUAAUCCCACACUGUUCACACUGCCUGAGGCAACCCUGCACUGUACCGUGAUCCGAUUGGUAUCUUUCAAGUUGCACCCGAAGCUGAUCUGCUGUGGUAAGCUCUUGGCUUUCCGCAGCUCGCUCUGCUUUAUGAAACAUUCAGAGUGAUGAAUAAAAGACAAAUCCCACCA